GUCAGUCUGAAAAAUGGCAAAGCAGACUGCCUUGCCCACGAAAUUGCAGAUGAAUUAGAGGAUGAGCCUUGCACCAGCUCCACCAACGGCAUGAGCAUCGUGCCAAGCUCCAAUACUCAGCUCUACGACCUCCCCAAACACACGGACGAUCGAAUGCAAGAUCAACGUGCUCAAAUAUCUCAGCUUGUUGCAGCUGAAGCCAUGGCCGCCUUCCUCAAACUUGGCCUCCCCAUAAUUAUUUUGCUUAUUCUUCAUGGCAUGCCGUUUCUUUCUUAUUCAGAUGGUUGCGGUGAUGAUAAAGAAGAAAAACAGCUCUUCAAAGACAUCAACAGCUACAGGAAGUCGGUACUAAAUCUCCCCGUGUUCAUUCCGAACGCCAAGGCAGCUUGCCUUGCUGACAAAAUCGCAGACGAGUUAAAAAAAGACAAACCUUGCCUUGACGCCCAUUCCUACAGAUACACUCCGGACACCAACCGUCGCCUGAACAGUGCUUUCAAAGACUUCGACAAGCUCCUGAGGCGCUGUCACAUCAAUGUCAGCACCACUGCAGAUGGUGCCAUUUUGCCUGUUUGUGUCGCCAAAUUAGACGAGACUACUGUGCUUAACAACUACAGAAAUUCUCAGUAUGGAAGAUAUCUUAAAGACUCCAACUUCACUCAUGCUGGGAUUGGCUCCGACGAUGACUGGAUUGUCGUGAUUUUGAGCACUAACACGUCGACGGGAAGCUUUUCCGGUGCUCCAAUAUCUUUGGCUCCAAGUUUUCUCGUCAUGGUAAUUGCUUCGUUAUUCAGCUGCUUGCUUCUGAUCAAUAUCGUGUCUGUCUGAGAGCUGAAGCUGCAUGCAUGCAUGCCCAACUGCUGAUGUCUUAAUUUGUCAGAAAAAAUAAAAAUAAAAAAUGAACUCAAAGUUUGUAUUGAGUUCUCCUGUCAGGAACUGUAGAGUGAAUAAGUGUACGUAUUUUUGUAAUUUGUCAGCAUCAAGUGUUGGUUACGUUAAUUUGUUACAUUAUAUAAGCGUAUCAUGUAUAAACAAGGUCAUGACAACGAUCACAUUGGCCUAUGUGUUGGCCAACUCUAUCUUUUAAUUCUUGUUUACAUG